CCUUGCAAUAUUAAAAAGGCAUCGAACGUAGAGGGACGAAGGGCUCAAAAACUAAAUAAGGGCCAGGCGCUUUUCCGAGGACUUCGCACGUCUAUAAAUACACCAUUUUUCUUUUGUCGUUCUCUUUUUUGUUGAGCUCAGAGCGCCUGUUCUCUUAACGAGCAGCAUGCCUAGGGCUCAGAGGCAUGAAGUGCGAUGAUGAAGUUCAGCUUCAAGCCAUGGAUUUUGAUAAGGACAUGACGCUCUUGUCUGAAACCUUUGUAGAGAUUUUGAAGGAAUAUCACAAUGUCAAGGAUUUUGACACGAAGAAGCAUUACGAGAGCUUCCUCUUUCUUCCCACCUACUCAGCCUUCUAGUGGUGCAGCACUUACUAACUACGGGAAGCCUUUAGCUUCAAGGCUUCCUUCCAUAUUAGGCAAGCAUUGUAGCACCGUAGUGACUAACCAUGGAAGGCCUUUUGCUUCAAGGCUUCAUGCCAUCUUACAUAGAUAUUAUUCACCACCAACUAUUCUCGCGAAGAACCGAACUGCUCAGAGAACUGUAUAUUCCAGAUCCAUACCCUUUAUGAUUACUAAACCAAAGUUAUAUAAGAAUUACCACACCAAGACUAAUUUUUCCCCAACCCCAAGUAAUCCUGUGACACAUCAUUCCCAAGUUGCCUGGAGAAGGGUUUCUCUACCACACAAGUGUACUUCUAUUGGUAUAAUAGCUCGUGCUGUGACCUUGGCAGUCACCAGAUCACAUCUAACUCCUACUCUUGUUGCAUUCAUCAUUGGAGAGGCAGCAUGGGCCCAAAAGAAUUUGGUCAAGGCCGAAGCACUUCAAACAAGGGAUUCACUAUACAUGCGGGCACAAGAUGGGCGUGCUUAUUUCACUUCAUUUAUUUUCUCGCUUUUGGAGGGUGUCAUCUUACUUCUAAGAGCAGUCUAUCUUUCAAUUUUAUUCAUGCCAGCCAUAACUAUGGCCCCAUUCGCUGAUUGCUUUGGUUCCCAUUUCCGGAAUACUUGGCUCCGAGUUGUUCAUAAAACUCUAGAGAGGGCAGGGCCAGCAUUCAUAAAAUGGGGCCAAUGGGCUGCUACUCGACCUGAUCUAUUUCCUCAAGAUUUAUGCACAGAGCUUGCGAAACUUCAAACCAAAGCACCCGUUCAUAGAUUUUCCUAUACUAAGAAAACCAUUGAGAAGGCAUUUGGUAGAAAGAUCUCUGAAAUUUUCGAGGAAUUUGAAGAGGAACCUGUGGCGUCUGGUAGUGUUGCUCAAGUACACCGAGCUUCUUUGAGGUUCCAAUACCCUGGUCAGAAGGUCAAACCCAUUCUUGUUGCAGUGAAGGUUAGGCAUCCUGGUGUUGGUGAAUCAAUCAAGAGGGACUUCACGAUUAUCAACUAUGUGGCAAAGAUAUCAAACUUUGUUCCUACUUUGAGGUGGUUGAGGCUGGAUGAAAGUGUGCAACAAUUUGCGGUUUUCAUGCUCUCUCAAGUUGAUCUCGCGAGGGAAGCUGCACAGCUUAGCCGUUUUAUAUAUAACUUCCGCAGAUGGAAAGAUGUAUCAUUCCCAAAACCGCUAUACCCGCUUGUUCAUCCUGCUGUCUUGGUGGAGACGUAUGAGCAUGGAGAAAGUGUUGCGCAUUAUGUGGACGAGCUUGAGGGUAAUGCUCGAAUCAAAUCUGCACUUGCUCAUAUUGGGACUCAUGCACUUCUCAAGAUGCUGCUGGUGGACAAUUUUAUCCAUGCAGAUAUGCAUCCUGGCAACAUUCUUGUUCGUGUGUCACAUUCCAAACCUCCGAGGAAACGCUUGUUCAAAUCCAGGCCUCAUGUAGUUUUUCUUGAUGUGGGGAUGACUGCUGAGCUUUCCAAUAGUGAUCGUGUGAAUUUACUGGAAUUCUUUAAAGCGGUUGCUGUGAGAGAUGGACGUACUGCUGCAGAGUGCACUCUAAAAUUAUCAAAACAACAAAAUUGCCCUGAUCCAAAGGCCUUCAUUGAGGAAGUCAAGAAAUCCUUUGAUUUUUGGGGGACCCCUGAGGGUGAUAUUGUCCACCCUGCAGAGUGCAUACAACAGUUACUUGAGUAUGUUCGGCGCCAUAAAGUCAAUAUUGAUGGUAACGUAUGCACAGUGCUGGUCACCACUUUGGUUCUUGAGGGGUGGCAGCGCAAGCUUGACCCAGGCUACAAUGUGAUGCAAACACUGCACACACUGCUUUUCAGAGCCGACUGGGCGGAGUCCUUGUCUUACACCAUCGAAGGGCUUAUGGCCCCAUGAUUAAAACCCUUAUUUACAGUUUUGACACGAGUGACACUUUUAUUCUUUACUCUGGUAAGGACAUUAUCCAGAAAAUAACCUGGUCUUUUGGCUUCACACACCGUCUCUGCGCUUGACUCUACGAGUCAACACCCACCUUUUGUUUUUGAGAAAGAGAGAGAGAGAGAGAGAUUUUGCAUUUUUAAUCGUGCAAUAAUUAACAAUUUUGUAUUUAGCUUUUAGCCCUUUUCAUCUCUUAUCACUUUUUAUCUUGAAGUGACAUAAUUCAAUAUAAUAAAAGUAAAUCAUAUGGGGAUAUACAU